AUGUCGCGAAAAGGAGUAGGUCUCGCAGCCUUCGAUCGAUCGCGGAUAACAUCAGCCCAGUAUGCUUCUCAUGGCAAUAAUCUCAGAAGCUCGCACUCCAGUUCUCUCGCUACACAACUCUCCGUCUUUCGGUCCCUCCUCCAGCAGUUUGCUCAGACACACGCCAAAGAUAUACGGUCCAACCCCAGUUUUCGAGCUGAAUUUGCUCGCAUGUGUGCAGCUAUUGGUGUAGAUCCUCUUGCAAGUAGCAGUGGUGCUGAUGGCAAGGAUGGUGGAGGCAGCUUUUGGGCUCAAAUGCUUGGCGGGAGUGUGAAUGACUUCUAUUUCGAGCUUGCGGUGAGAGUUGUGGAAGUCUGCGGUGCUACGAGGGAGGAGAAUGGCGGACUUAUUGGCGUCAAGGAGGUCGGAGACCGGAUUAUGAGUACGCGAAUGGAAGGUGCAUCGGAAAUCACAGAUGAUGAUAUCCUGCGUGCUGUGAAUACUCUCAAGCCACUUGGAUCCUCAUAUUCCACUCUCACGGUUGGCCAUAAGCUUUACAUCCGCUCCAUUCCCAAGGAACUCAACACCGAUCAGAGUGCCGUACUAGAGGCAGCCCAAUUGCUCGGCUACGUCAGCUUGUCAAUGCUUACAUUGAAUCUGAAAUGGCCGAGAGCGAGAGCAAAGACAGCUAUUGAUGAUCUCGUUUCCGAGAGUAUGCUCUGGGUGGAUAAGCAGUGCAAAGAAUGGGAGUACUGGAGUCCAGGGUUUAUGCUUGAAGUCGAAGAGGAUGGCAAUGUCGGAUGA